AAAAUUUGAGACCCAAAUUCAGCGCCAAAAGCCAAACCCAGAUUUCACACUUGAUUCCAAGUAAAUUAAUUGGGUUUGGAUUCUCUUUGAAAACUCACAGAUUUGUAUCUGCUGUCGUUGUUGUUGAAAAUUCUUAUGCGGCUUUUUCCUCUUCUCUACGAAAGGGUUUAAGGGUUUCUCACCAAAAUUAUUUUUCAAAAUCUGGCAAAAUUAUCGUUUCACACCAAAAUUUCAACCCAGAGCUUCUCAUCAAGACCAGCGUUGGGAUAUCCGUUUUCAGCUCCUUUCUUCUCAUUGUCGCCGUGAACCAUCUGAACAAAUCUCAGACAUUGUUCAAGAGAAAGUUUGAUAACAUUGUUCAAGCUGAUUCUGAAGGGAACGCUAAACUUCCUAAAAAACAUAAUCAUCAGGUUAACAUAAAUUCUAAGGCAGUGGUUAAAGCGGAAAACAUGAACUCUGUAAAACUCGAAAGAUGUUCAAAGGUCUCAGCAGGAAGGAUAGUAGUGCGAGGUUUGGCAUCUAUGUCAGAAUGGAAAGAAAUGAAAAGAAAGGGAAAGAAAGGUGUACUGAAUCAUUCUGGGAGAAUUGAGAUGAAAAAUGGGGACUCAACUAUUGUUGAUCGGCCUAAGUUUAAGCGCUGGAAAAUUUCUGCUGAUGGUACAAGUGUUGGGGAUAAGAGUGGCAAAGAUUCAGGUGAAGCUUAUAGUCCCAACGAAGAAAAGUAUCCUCAAGAUUUUGGGUUGAACGAUUUGUUGGUUACAAACACUGUUGAACAAACAAGUGACUGUACUUUGAAGGAGGAUCCCAUGGUCUUAUCUGAUAUAGUGGAUGGGGAUAAUUUGGCCAACGAUGAACCUGCAAAAGUGGAAUUGGUUGGCAUCGAAUCUAUGGAUACAGAAUUUGCAACUGAAGACUGUACCUUGAAUAAGGAAGAUCGCGUGGUCCCAUCUCAACAAUUGGAUCUGCCUAUUUUGGAGACGUUCGAUGUGGAAUUUGCAACUGAAAGCUGUAGUUUGAUGAACGAAAACGAUGUGCCUAUUUUGGAGACUUUCGACGUGGAAUUUGCAACUGAAGACUGUAGUUUGAAGAACAAAAAUGCUGUGAUUUCAUCUCAUCAAAUGGAUGAGUCUAAUUUGGCGAAAGAUGAACCUGCAAAACUGGAAUUGGCGGGGAUGGAAACUUUGGAUACGGAAUUUGCAACAGAAGGCUCCGUAAAACAAGAUUUAUCCUAUAUAUCAAAGGCAUCAUAUCCAGUUGGCGAGGCAGCUAUGUCUGACGACUCAAAAUCCUCGUUGUCCAAUAUCAAUAUUGGUGGUUCCGGUCCUUGUAUGAAGGAGGCUUUAACUAUCAGGUAUGCUACUCGUAAAAGAGUUGCAGAGUUCAGAGGUUUUCCAAGUUUAUGUGGAGGCAAUGCUCCCCGUCUCAGUCAGGAUGAGUGUCUAAAGGAGCUUUCUUCUUUGAAAGAAGUUGCAGACACUGACGUAAAAGAAGCAGAAAAUAACAAGAGAAAGUUUGAUAACAUUGUUCAAGCUGAUUCUGCAGGGAACCCUAAACUUCCUGAAAAACAUAAUCAUCAUCAUCAUCAGGUUAACAUAAAUUCUAAGGCAGUGGUUAAAGUGGAAAACAUGAACACUGUAAAACUCAAAAGUAAUUCAAAGGUCUCAUCAGGAAGGAUAGUAGUGCGAGGUUUGGCAUCUAUGUCAGAAUGGAAAGAAAUAAAAAGAAAGGGAAAGAAAGUUGAUUUUAAUGCCCAGCUGGACAGGUCUAAACCUGCUACCAAGUCUAGAGGUGUACUGAAUCAUUCUGGGAACCAGCCGUUGAAAAAGAAAAGAGAAAAUUCUAGUUCUGCUGCCACGGGUCAAUUAGUAACGUUAGAGAAGAAUUCUCUAGACUCUAAUGAAAAUAACAAACACUUUAAAAGUGUCACAAAAUCACCUGGUUCGAGUGUAAAUGUUUUUCCUCUUGGUCGUAGUAAUUUGAGCGGUCAUGAGAAUGACUCAGUGGCCAGGAAUAAAGUGAGGAAAGCAUUGCGACUGUUCCAAGCUUUUUAUAGAAAGAUUUUGCAGGAAGCCAAAGCAAAACCAAAGUCAAAUGAGAAAGAAAUAAAGAGGUUUGAUUUACAAGCUGCGAAAAAGCUUAAAGAGGAAGGGAACUACGUUAAUGAAGGGGAGAAUAUCUUAGGAUCUGUUCCUGGGGUUGAAGUUGGCGAUGAAUUUCAAUACAGAGUAGAGCUUAAUAUAAUUGGCCUUCAUCGCGAGAUUCAGGGUGGUAUAGAUUAUGUGAAGCAAAAAGAUAAGAUUCUUGCAACUAGUAUUGUUGAUUCGGGGGGCUAUGCUGACGACUUAAAUAAUUCAGAUGUUUUGAUAUAUACAGGGCAGCGUGGAAAUGUGACGAGCAGUGAUAAAGAGCCAGAAGAUCAGAAGCUUGAACGGGGCAAUCUUGCUCUGAAGAACAGUAGUGUGGUAAAGAAUUCUGUUAGGGUGAUACGGGGCUCUGAAUCGAUGGAUGGAAAAAGCAAGAAAUAUGUUUAUGAUGGACUUUAUGUAGUUGAGUCAUGUUGGCAGGAUAUAGGACCACAUGGGAAGCUGAUUUAUAAGUUUUGCUUGCGAAGAAUCCCGGGACAACCAGAGCUUUCCUUCAAGGAAGUGAAGAAAUCUAAAAAAUUCAAAACAAGAGAAGGUCUAUGUGUCGAAGAUAUUUCCUACGGGAAAGAGAAAAUUCCAAUAUGUGCUGUGAACACCAUAGAUAACGAGAAACCCCCUACAUUUAAAUACGUAACCGAGAUGAUAUAUCCUGAAUGUUGCAAUCUUAUCCCUCCAAAAGGAUGUAAUUGUACUAAUGGAUGCUCUGACCAUAAGAAAUGUUCUUGUGUAGUGAAAAAUGGUGGGGAGAUUCCAUUUAAUCAUAAUGGGGAUAUUGUAAAAGUAAAGCCUCUAGUCUAUGAGUGUGGUCCUAAAUGCAAGUGCCCUUCAACCUGCCAUAACAGAGUUAGCCAACUUGGCAUAAAUAUUCAACUCGAAAUUUUUAAAACCAAUUCAAUGGGAUGGGGUGUGAGAUCCUUAAAUUCCAUCCCUUCAGGAAGUUUUAUCUGUGAAUAUAUUGGAGAGGUUCUUGAAGAAAAGGAAGCUGAACAAAGAACCAGUAAUGAUGAGUAUCUUUUCGAUAUCGGAAAUAACAAAAACAAUAAUAAUCUUUGGGAUGGACUUUCAAACCUUUUUCCAAAUUCACACUCAAGUUCAAGUGAUGUAGUGAAGGAUUUUGACUUUACGAUCGAUGGCGCUCAGUUUGGUAAUGUGGGGAGAUUUGUUAACCAUAGUUGCUCCCCUAAUCUAUAUGCUCAGAAUGUCCUUUAUGAUCAUCAAGACACCAGGGUUCCUCACAUCAUGUUAUUUGCUGCCGAGAACAUUCCUCCGUUGCAAGAGCUGACAUAUGAUUACAAUUACACGAUAGAUACAGUUCUUGAUUCCGAUGGCAAUAUGAAAAAGAAGUACUGCUUUUGUGGUUCUGUGGAAUGUACUGGUAGGUUGUAUUGAGGUUUUGCCAUGUUAAUUGUUGGAACUAUUUUUCUUAUAAAUCUUUCAUUCUAAAAUCUAAAAAACUGUAGCUUAAAUUUUAGCCAUGUUCUUGUCAAUGGUUGCUUCCUGGAUUAUUCUGAGUUGGUCAGGAUGCUAUGGAAAAGUUGGAAAGAAAAAUAUUCUUG